CAAAGGAAACGAGGAGAUGGAUAGCAUACUUGCUAGAAGGCUCCAGAGAGAGAAAAGCUUAAUAAUCCUAAUUAUAAUAUUUUAAAAAUUGCUUGUAAAUAAUAUUUUUUUUGAAAGCCUCUCAAAACACUUUUUUAAUCCUAAAACUGCUAUUUCAAAAUAUAAAUAAAUAAAUAAAUUCUAAAAGCAAUGCUUUUUUCCAAAAAAUACAUACCUCUCUUGGUCAUGUGUUCAACUUGUAAAGCCACCUGUCUGACUUCUCCCGCAGUGUUACUCUGUCACUGAGUUUCAAGCUCUGUUCAAUCUCAGAUCCAUUUUAGCAACCUCCAAUCCUUUAUUGCUAUUUUCCAACCAACUAUAAUGGCCGCCGGCGAACAAAGAUGGUGUGUUGUCACCGGAGGCCGGGGCUUUGCGGCGCGCCAUUUGGUAAAUAUGCUAGUUAGAUCAGAAAAAUUUUCUGUUCGAGUCGCCGAUUUGGGUCCUACCAUUGAUCUGGAACCAUCCGAGGAAAAUGGGAUUCUUGGAGAAGCUUUGCGCGACGGCCGAGCCGUUUACGUCACUAUCGACCUUCGUAAUAAGGCCCAAGUUCUCAAAGCAUUCCAAGGGGCUGAGGCUGUGUUUCACAUGGCGGCUCCGAAUUCCUCCAUCAAUAAUUACCAGCUGCAUCAUUCGGUCAACGUUGAUGGAACCAAGAACGUCAUUGAUGCUUGCGUUGAACAAAAAGUGAAAAAAUUGAUAUACACUAGCUCUCCUAGUGUGGUAUUUGAUGGGGUUCACGGAAUAGUCAAUGGGGAUGAGUCUUUGCCAUAUCCCGCUCAGCACAACGAUCACUAUUCAGCAACUAAAGCGGAAGGAGAGGCAUUGGUAAUCAAGUCAAAUGGUGUUAAUGGGCUUCUAACAUGUUGUAUACGUCCUAGCAGCAUAUUUGGUCCCGGUGAUAAGUUGCUGGUGCCAUCUCUAAUUGCUGCUGCUAAAGCUGGGAAAUCCAAAUUUAUCAUUGGUGAUGGCAACAAUGUAUAUGAUUUCACUUAUGUUGAAAAUGUUGCUCAUGCCCACAUUUGCGCGGAACGGGCAUUAUCGUCAGAGGGGGCGGUUGUUGAAAGAGCUGCAGGACAGGCUUAUUUUAUAACCAAUAUGGAACCUAUUAAGUUUUGGGAGUUUCUUUCACUUAUUCUUGAAGGUCUUGGCUAUGAAAGGCCAAGAAUAAAGAUCCCAGCCUUGGUAAUGAUGCCAAUUGCACAUGUUGUUGAGUGGACAUAUAAGCUGCUUGGUCCAUAUGGGAUGAAGGUUCCACAGUUGAUACCUUCAAGAGUUAGACUCCUCUCUUGCACUAGGUCUUUUAAUUGCUCCAAAGCAAAGGAUCGCCUCGGUUACACUCCCAUUGUAACUCUUCAGGAAGGUCUCAAAAGGACAUUGGAGUCAUAUCCACACUUAAGGGCUGAACAUCAACCUAAAAGAGAAGGGCCAUCUAAAGCUUCCACGUAUCUUGGAAGUGGUAGAGUUGCUGACACAUUACUUUGGAAGGAUAAAAAACAGACAAUCAUCACGUUGAUCGUUCUUGCUGCCAUCUACUUCAACUUUGUUGCAUCUGGAUUUUCUAUAAUUACUGCAUUUUCAAAGAUUCUUUUGGGAAUAGCAAUAUUCUUACUGAUUCAUGGCUACUUACCUAGAAAACUUUUAGGGUACAGUGUUGAAAAACUUUCCCCAUCUCAUUUUGAGCUGUCAGAAGAGAAGUCACAAAGAGUUGCCACAUCAGUAGCGUCAUCAUGGAAUGGUGCUGUCAAUGUCUUAAAAUCUCUUGCCAAGGGAAAUGAUGGGAUGCUUUUUGUUAAGGUUGCUUUUUUCCUGAUGGCUAUUAGCUUCCUUGGAGCUGUUUCCCUUCGGAGCUUAUUUGUGAUAGGACUUCCUGUUGCCUUUUUAGCUUUCUACGUCUACGAGAAGAAGGAACAAGAGAUUGAUUCCAUUUUUCUAGAGGUUUUGUCUUGCGGAAGCAAACUGAAAUCUGAUAUAGUUAAAAAAGUAAGGAGGUCCAAGAGGACAGAAUGAAUACCAUUCCAAAUAAUUUUAUGGCAUCAAUCCAUACUGUUUUGCCCAAAGAUUUGUGUGCAGUAUAGCUUGAUGGUUUGGAAGUGCAGGUAUUGACAUUUUGGUGUUGGUUGUGUUGGUUCAGUUUGUCAAUCUAAGAAUUCUAUACAUUUACUCAAUAUAAUUGUUCAAUCCUACUUUUACUUUAGUGUAGGAUAAUGUUCAUAUUUUUAUAUGUUCAUAUUUUUUUUGUCUUGAAACCUCCUGGUUUCUUGGAUUUUGACUUUGUUUUAUUUAAUUCAUUUUGUCAUCAA